GGGAAGUGGUCAGAGAUCGUUCAAUUACACCAUGGAAAACAAACGAACAGGCGAUUGACAGCUCUCAAAAUGGGAUUAGGGAAUUAAUUUGGAUACGCUGUUAACGAAUGAUCAGAAGUCAGCAGUGAAAAGAAAAAUGAAGCGUUUUUGGUCUUAUAAAGUCUUUUGCUUUGUUCAAAGAUUUUCAAUAGCUAUCAUUUUAAUUAACGUGCAUGUCAGAGAGGUGACAUCUUUUUAUCACCCUAAAUAAAUUCUCCUCAAACAGUGAAUAAUAACAUGUGUUCUAUGUCAAUUCAGGCGAGUCAUACAUGACGUGUCUCAAGCUUGCUCAUUAACCAUCCCACACAUUCUUGCCUACCCUUUGAUCUGUGUACAGACAACAGGCCAGAAGCCAUCUUGAGCACCCUCCGUUGGGACUCGUAAUGUCUUCUUUUUCUGUAAAGAACAUCCUAAGUCUUCCGGAAUCGUGUCUCCAAAGCUGCUCCAACACAACUACAAGAGUUCCUAAUAUUUGUCAAGGUGCUAAUCUCUCCCCCGAACGGCCAACAGGAUCUAAUUGCAUAAUAACAGCGAUGCCACCUUCCGCCAAAAGCCAAGACAGCUCUUCGGGUAUGUUAAACUCUGUGAGUUAAAGUACUCUUUUCAAAUUCUUGCAGGAUUUUCUGCCUCACCACUCUUUACCUUGAAGGACGAUUGCUUGUUUCUAUAGUUAUAGAAAACCGCUCACAAGCUCGUGGUCAAAGUUCCGUGACUUGAAACCUGAAAUGACAUCUUUCAUUGAAGCGUCAUCUGUGCAGAAAUGUACUGAAAGAAAGCUAAAGGGCAGUUUCUCAAUAUUUAAAUACUCUUCUAACAUAAAAGCAGAAAGUUGCAUUUGGCGAAUAAUUUUGCGAAAUAACUCUGAAAACAAACAGAACUUGUGUUUUGCAAUUUCCGUUUUAGUUUGUUUCACGUACGUAUGCAGGGUGAGUUAGAUGGAGUUUUUACGUCCAUUUUAAUCGCGCAUUUUCAGGACAGCUUACCUAAAAUUACGAAUAGAAACCUGUAAGUCACUGAAGUCCCUGAUAACAGUUCCGCCUUGCUAGUAGUUUAAAACUAAAUCACCUCUUAAUCGGUGUUAUCGAGUCUCAUCAAAAGCCUCUACCCGCUUUUGCUUGAUUAGGUCCUCAAUCAUAUCCUGAGUUGAGCGAAGAAUGCUUGGGAGGUGACAUGGAGAAGCAAGAAACAAAAGUCAACAAAGACGAUUCCAGUGAAGCUCCUAAGAAGAGAAAACGUCGCGUUUUGUUCACCAAACAACAAAUCUACGAGUUGGAAAGAAGGUUUAGAUAUCAAAGAUACCUUUCGGCUCCUGAGAGGGAACAACUUGGCCGAAUGAUAAACCUAACUCCUACGCAAGUCAAAAUUUGGUUCCAGAAUCACCGAUAUAAACAAAAGAAGCAAGCUACCGAAGCUGGAGAGUUUAAGGACUCCCAUUCACUUUACCCUAGGACUGUACCGGUGCCAGUGUUAAUCCGAGAAGGUCAGCCAUGUUAUUCAAACGACUUUAGCAAUGGAGUGGGGAACUGCUUCACAAAUCAGUACCCGUCGUCUUAUGACUACACAAACUCUUACGGCAAUUCCUACUCAUACACGGCGCCUAUUUCAUCGAUGAACUCUUCUUGCAUGCAAGCUUAUUCGUAUUGUAAGUGGUAGAAAAAUCUCCUCAGAAGUACUUUUGAGAAUACAUUUCGCAAUUGAGUGACUGCAGCCUCGUUCAAGCUGUUAGAGGUGACAGACCGUAGACCAGGCUAAGAGCAGAGUCUCUUUAAAGUCUGUCCAUCAUUGUGUAGAUUUCCACAAAGUGGUUUCCCCAUUUUAGGUGCACUACCUGCAGUUUUGUAUUUUAAAAAACCCCUGUACAGUACCACAAUCAUCUUAAUUUAAAUUUUAUCAGAAGUGAACUUAUACAAAUACACGAGUUUGAAAUGUAAAUUCCAUCAAUUUUGUUGUUCAAAAGUGGCGGUGUUCGUGUUGUAUUAGAACAUUAAAUGAAGUCAAGAGAAAAUUCUCUUUUCUUUCAUAUUGCAAUUCCUUUUCUAAAAACUGAAUAUAACAGUAUGUUAAUUCAUAUUAUUCGUCUUCCGAAUAGAAUUACGUAGAGUAGAAUGAUUGUUGCCAAGCCAUUAGUUAGAGACCUUGGCAGCGUUCAAGGCAUAGAAAAUUCACCAUAGAAAAAUCAUUAACAUAAAUGCCUAGCUUUCCAGUGUGUUUGAAGUAUCAGAAAGUUUUUCCAAUAGAAAAAGUGAAGCAGUUUUUUUUUUUUCAAAAAGUGGUUACCUGCUCUGCUUAACAAUUGCUUUUUACGUGUAAAACAGGGUGUGUUCGAUGCAUCAUUCUUUAUUUCAGUAAUACGUAUCGUUAACUUCCAGCAUCUUUAAUCAAAAAGUGUUGGUUGGUUGCUGUGAGAAAAAGCGAAAGCUCUUUGCUUGGUUCGUGCUUGCGAGUAAACUUAACACGAUUUCAUCAUUCAAAAAGGAAGAAUGGAGGAACUUCGGUUAACCACAGAGAGUUGGGAAGUUUAUAAAACCGUGAAAACCUGUACAAAUACUGUUAUGAAUAAUUUAUCACUUUUCAGGAGGAAUUCAUCGAAGUACUCAUAUGACAUUCUUAUUUGACUGGUUAAUUUUUCCCCAGAUUUCCAAUGUAGGUUAAAUCAAUAGUUUUAAGUCUCGGUUACCCUUAAGAUGUUCUGCAAGGUUCUAUUUAGGUCGCGCGUUUUCCUCAGAAUGUGUCAAACAGAAAUGUGCGCUGCGGGUUAAUUCUUUACUUAGGGAAGCUCUAACAAUGUUUAUGACACUGGUAUACGCAAUAAUUCUUCUAGUAAAUGGUUUCAGUCACGUUCCUAAAACUCAUCUGCUCAAAGAGUACAGACCCUCGAAAUCUCUGAAAAAUUAUACUCGUAAGAGACAAUUUUUUCUGCUAAUCGGGCAUCAGAACGUUUCACAAUGUCAAAAUACUUUCUUUUGAAAACAUAUGAUAAGGCUGAAGUGUAGCUGAGAAUGAAGUAAAGCUUGUCCAAGCAGGUACAUAAACCCUUUCCCUCCUAGACUGAGUUGUGAUCAUGUUCUAAUUUUUGUAUCACGGGACGAAAUCCUGUGAUGUUACCAAUCAGAUGAAAGCUCUUUAGCAGAACUUUUGCCUAGUACUAUAUAAAUCUUAGGAAUUUACAGAAAUAAAUCUUGAAUUUUUUGUAGUUUUCAUCUUUGGCGACUAUCAGGAAUGGAAGGGUUAACAAAGGAUACGUAGCCGCGAGUAAACACCGGAUCUUGUACAUAUAUUUGCAUGCAGGUAAUAUUGCCUUAGAGUUCCCAACAAAAUUAACAAUAAAAGUACAAUAUAUUAUCUGUAUUUUAAAAACAGUUGUACUGAGAAAUGUAUCCGAAUAAAUGUCCGAAAUGUACAUGUGAAAAAAUUAGCUGUGUGAUGCUUAAUUCUGUUGGCUGUUCAUGAUUUUACUGGAUCGUCUCCGUCAAUACAAAGGAUGAAAUUUUUUCAGAAUAAAAUAUACCAGAUUUUAUUUGCAAACUGCUAAAAAACAAACAGUGCCACAAUAGGAAUAGCUAUACUUUAGGAUUUCAGUUUUUCGGUUUGUAUAUGCCCAUCUAACAGGACUGUGAAGAUCAUUUACCCCCUGACUCUACUGAGUGCCUCUAAACCUUCCAGGAAUAACGCUGGCAAUAGAACUCUAGUUUGCUGAGUAAAUAAAACUGUCAACCAGUAUGUACCUCUGAAAGUAUUACUUUAGACGUGUCACGAGGGAGGGAUCCGUCUACAAGGC